AUUGUACCAACUAAUUUAGAGAAUACAAACUAUCUAAAGCUGCUGCAUAUAUUUGUAUUUUUAUACAUUCAUCUAUCUAGCCUCAAGUGUCUAACCUCAAGUUUGGUUGAUGGCCACCCCACGCCAGUUACAUCAUCCCGACUUUUCUCCCGCAACACCAACUCCUCCAAGUCCCGACUCUUAUCAUCUUCCUUCCACUUCAUCAAGACAAUAAAUCGAAACAAUGGCACCCAAAACUAUCAUCGUCACUGGAGCUUCCAGAGGCAUCGGCCUCGCAAUCUCAAAAUACCUCCUCUCCGCCCCUCAAAACCACAACGUCGUCGUCGUCGCACGAAGCGUCGAGCCCCUCCAAGCCCUGAAAUCCGAAUACAGCAACCAAGUCGCCGUGCUCAACGGCGAUCUCGCGGACUUCAGUCUCGGGCAGAAAGCCGUCGAGCUGGCCGUGAAGACCUUUGGGCGGUUGGACGGGGUGGUCCUGAACCACGGGAUCCUGGGCCAGGUGGGGAAGAUUGCGGCCGCGGAUAUCGAGGAGUGGAAGAAAGGGUAUGAUGUGAAUUUCUUCAGUCUGGUGUCGUUUAUCACGGCGGCUUUGCCGGCGUUGAGGGAGAGUAAGGGCCGCAUUGUCUUUACGAGUUCUGGGGCUAGUGUCUCUGCGUAUCGUGGCUGGGGGCUUUAUGGGUCUACGAAGGCUGCGAUGAACCAUCUGGCUUUGAGUCUUGGGGAGGAAGAGCCUGAUGUUGUGAGUGUUUCUAUCCGGCCGGGAAUGGUGGAUACGGAGAUGCAGAGGGAGUUGAGGGAGGACCAUGCGACAACGUUGGAGCCGCAGGUGCAUUCCAAGUUUACGACGGUGCAUAAGGAUGGAAAGUUACUUAAGCCUGAGCAACCGGGGCAUGUUAUGGCCAAGCUGGUGCUGGACGCGCCGAAGGAGUUGAGUGGAAAGUUUCUUUCAUGGAAUGACCAACAGCUCGAGGCCUACCAGGCGUAAUACAGUCUACUAUAUAGAAGAGUCAGCAACGACUCGACACGAAGCCAUAGAACAG